CACAAAUGAUGCUCCAACGAUCCUAAACGACACAUUAUGAACCGGAGAAUGAUGGAGAACCCGACAGCUCCUUUGUUCCUCCAUGAUCUCAAACAAAACACCAACUCAUCUCAUGGAGAGCCACUAAAUGUCUCACUGUUUUCAGUUUCCCCGUCUCCACCUGCUGACGUUGUCAUUUCCCCCAAUGUGCCGUACAUGACAGCUGAGCUCAUCAUCGCCCUUUUGUCUACUCUGGGUAAUUUGCUGGUAUGCGCCGCAGUGGGUCUCAACCGCAAGUUACGCACCGUCACCAACUACUUCCUAGUGUCGCUCGCAGUCGCAGACAUCUGUGUGGGCAUGAUCGCCAUCCCCUGUGCCAUCCUGACAGACACCGGCUUACCGCGUUACAACCUCUACCUCUGCCUCCUCAUGCUCAGCGUUUUGCUCAUGUUCACGCAGAGCUCCAUCUUCAGCCUCCUGGCGGUGGCUGUGGAGCGGUAUGUCGCAAUUUUCAUGCCCUUCCGCUACCAUGUGCUGAUGACUCCUUGCAACGCCAUCCUGGUUAUCCUCACCACAUGGUUGCUGGCCUUCCUCAUCGGACUUGUGCCUCUCAUGGGUUGGCACAAGACGCCGCCCGAUUCCGGCUACUGCUUCUUUGUGCUGGUGGUGGACAUGACCUACAUGGUCUAUUUCAACUUCUUCGCCUGCGUGCUGGCGCCCCUCGUCAUUAUGUUCCUCAUCUACGCUCAGAUCUUCGUCACGGUCAAACAGCAAGUGCGACGGAUCGGAACGGAGCAGCGGAGACGUGCCCAGGGCCAGAGCCAAGCGGCGGCCAGCAUGCGGAGGGAGAUGAAGAUGACCAUGUCUCUUUUCCUGGUUCUUUUUCUCUUCACCGUCUGCUGGAUCCCUCUUCACAUCAUCAACUGCUUCCUGCUGCUCUGUCCACGCUGCCCCGUGCCGCUGGAACUGCUGCUUGCUGCCAUCAUCCUGUCGCACGCCAACUCUGCCGUCAACCCGUUUCUGUACGCGUACACCAUGACGGCUUUCAGAGACACUUUCAAGGGUAUUUUCUUGUGCUGCAGGCUGUUGCGAGACAGAGAGGAGUCGAACCAGCACAACAGAGGAGAAGAAACAAACACCAGGUCGAACCAGUGA